AUGUUUGGGAGACACGGAUCCAGGUUCCCAUUAGAAACGGAAUUGCCCGAAUUAAUUCGUGUCGUCACUGCCAUUCACAAUCAAAUACUGACGAAUUACAAUCAAGGAAGAGCAUCCAUAUGUGCAUCUGAUUUUGACUUGUUUAGGAAUUGGCAGUUCGAUCCGAAUAUCACUAUGGACGUUGCAUCGAAUUUAUCACCUUCUGGAUGGAAUGAAAUGGAAGCACUGGCACAACGUUACCAGGCUGCGUUUCCUUCUAUUUUGCCAUCAACAUACUCACCAAAGGAUUAUUUCUUUCGGGGGGCUCGUUAUGAACGCAUGGAAUAUAGUCUUCAUGCUUUUGCUGAUGGUUUGUUCGGGGUUGAUGGUUAUGAGCAAGCUCAAUUCGAAGAAAUUCCCGAACCAGACUUCUUUAUGAGAUCUUUUAGCUACUGCUCUCUUUAUCAGGACAUUAUACAACGCAUCGAACGGGAUGCAUUUGCAGAAGGACCGGAAUAUCAAGAAAUGGUCAUGCAGGUUAGUGCUAAAUUGGGCUUUCAUAAUUCAAAUGUACUUCGAAAUAGCGAAAUUGCUCUACUCGCUGUGUACUGCUUGUACGAACAAACGUGGAAUUUAAACUAUACAGAUCCGUCUCCAUUCUGUGCGGCUUUUUCGGUUGCAAAUGCGCAAGUAAUAGAAUAUUCACGGGACCUGGAAUGGUACUACAGAAUAGGUUAUGGUGAACAAGAACAUCGUAGACUUUAUGAAAACCUAAUGUGCUUCCCAUUGCAAGACAUGUUGCGUUUCAUGCAGUCAAAUGAUGCUAACGACCACAAAGCUAGAAUAUUUAACGGCCAUGUCAGUCAGUUUUUGAUUCUUUUGCAUUUCGAUGCAUUCGACGGUGACGCAAUACUGACGCGACACAACUUUGCGCAACAAACGCAAAGGGUUUGGCGAUCCACCGAUAUAUUGCCGAUGGCAGCCAAUUUGGUGGUAAUACGAUAUGAUGGUGCUGAUGGUGACAAUGAUCUAUUAUUCUUAUUCAAUGAGAAACCUUUGAAAAUACCUGGCUGUGAUUCGAAUGGGGUGUGCAAGCAAUCACUAAUUUUAAAACGAUUUAAUCGUUAUUUGAACUCAAACUGUUUGGAAGUGGCCUGUACGAGUUCUUAG